UAUAAUGAAAAAGUCGAUUUUUUAUAAUUCGAAUUUAUUGUUAUAACAGAAAAAUGGCUCUAAUUUAAAUACUUUCAUUUCAACAAUGUCUGUACGCCAUACCAUGUACUAAAUAAGCAAAAUACAUACGAUUAUGUAAAUAAAAAUGGAAUCGGAUAGAAUUCUAGUAGCUGCAGGUUUAACUGCAGCAGCAGUAGUAGGCGCGUUUAUAUUUUGGGGCCCGACGCCCAGCUCGGGAGGCGGCAGGGGUAGAUUAGCUGGUCUAGUAAACUUAGGAAAAACCUGUUUCCUCAACGCUAUAUUGCACGCUUUAGCAGCUUGUCCCAGUUUCAUAACGUGGCUGGAAAAGGACAAAUUUGUGAAAGAAACCAGUCUCAGGAGCACCUUAGCUACUGUAUUAUCAGUUGUAAAUGGAACAAAUAAAGCUGUACAAGACACUUAUGCACCUGCUGCCGUUAUAAAUGCUUUAAAACGAUUGGGCUGGGUAAUCCCAGCAGGAGAACAAGAUGCACAUGAAUUAUUAAACGUUAUUUUGACAACUUUAGAUGAAGAAUCGCAAAAAAUAGGUCGAAAGGCGGGGUGUUUAUCAGAUGCUUUAGGUAUGAACGAACUAGAAUUAGAAGACAAUCAAGACGACCAAGGUGGCGAUUUUGAUUCUUUAGGCAGCGUAAUGUCUUUGAACGAAUUGUGUAGGCCAAUGAGUGCUGGAUGGAGAGGUGGUGCUAUACGAAGGAAUCGAUGGAUUUCCAGAUCGUGUAGGGCACUGCAGAUGUCAGGGCCACCUCAACAGCCCACCAGUCAUCCUUUUACGGGGACGCUUACCAGUCAGUUGAGGUGUACUGAUUGUGGAUUUAAGUCUGCAGUACGUUAUGACAAAUUUGAAAGCCUGUCUUUGGCUCUACCGACCACCGGAGGUGAUCUUGGAUGGGGUAGGCACAAACUGCAUCAGUUGCUCACUAAUUUCGUCACUCCUGAGAUGGUAAACGAUGUACAAUGUGAGGGAUGUAAUAGGGAUAGAGAUCCAGGCAGGCCUCCUGUUCUAUCCAAGCAAGUUAAGAUAUUGAAUUUCGGGAAGUUACCAGUAUGUUUAUGUAUACAUAUUUCUCGCAAUACAUGGCAAGGCAGUGGGAUGUCCAAAAGACAGGAUUAUGUGCAGUUUCCAAUGAGAUUAUCGAUGUCCGCCUACACAUUUAUUCAAGUCCAUUAUCAACGAAAAUUCCUCAAUAGUUCGCAAUACACGAGCACUAGCGAGGGUGGUAGUCCUCUGUCUAGUAGCACGCCUCUUUGCUGGACGGGUAGUACUCUUACUGAUAUGGCGAACGAAUUUAAAAACGUUUAUCAAUUAGCCGCUGUCGUAGUGCACGCUGGUGAUGCACAUUCUGGACAUUUUAUAACGUACAGAAGGGGUCAUCAGAAUAGCAGAUGGUAUUAUACAUCGGAUGUCGAAAUAAGAGAAGUAUCAAUCGAUCAAGUACUCCAAAGUACCGCUUACAUGCUGUUUUACGAAAAAACAUCGACGGUCGGUAGUAUAUUUUGAAACGGAAAACCAAAAAAUUCCAUGUGAUUUUUUUUUAGCAUUUUGGGUUGCCGAAUUUAGUACUAUUUACUAAAUUUAUUCUUUUAGGUUAGGUUGACAUUUUGUUCCUAUUUAUUUGUUAUCGAAACAAAGAUUGUGAGCUUUUUUAUAGAAAAUUUUCCUGGGCUAUAAUCGUUGGUUUUUAAAUUUUAUUUUCUAACAAAUUGAUAUUUAAUGUUUUAUUAUAUUCGUUUUGGUGAAAUUUUGAAUUGAAAAAUAUUUAAUUUAGUUAAUUGUUGGUUGUUAUUAGAAUUAAUAUGGAGCAUUGGAGAUUAUAGUCUGGGAAAAUUGGAGAAAUCUUUGACUCGGUGCCAGUGGCGUGUAUCAUUCCUCUGUUUUUAUACUUGUUGAUUUUUCUCCAUUUUUUACACUGUAUUUAAUGUUGUUCAGGACUAUUUAUAUCAUUAAAUUCAGAUGAAUACUUUUUU